AUAAAAGUAACAUGCUCGGGCAGUGGAGUUAAAACCUGAAGACCAGAGGAAUGUUCAUGAUUCACGAUUUCAAAUUAUGGCAAAACAGGAAAACAAUGGAUCUAUGGUCACAGUUGGGUCCAGAAGUCUGCCACUGUAUACACUGGUUAUCGGGUUUUUAGGUCUGCUGAAUGCCAUUCUGAUUCUGACUGCUAUUAUUAUUGGGAUUUACUGUGGCAAAGUCAGUGAGGAAUCUGCUCCAGACCAAAUAACAGCACAAGGGCUCAUCAUAGAGGUGAAUCAACUUCAAAUAAUGCAGACUGAAGCAGUCAAAGCUCAAAAAGAGGCAGAGCAAGCAGUAGAGAAAGAGCUAAGGGAACACCAGCAACUAAAACUGCUGUUAGGGUUGAACAAGACCCUCAUCGACAGCAUUCAGAGGAGUCUUGAAGUACUGCAAGUGGAGAGAGCUACACUGAAGUCCAAUUCAUCUGAUAUGCGAGACAGUUGUGGACGAUGCCAAUCAGGAUGGCUUUUACUCAACACAUCGUGCUACUUCCAUGGUAAAUCAGCCUCCAAUCCUGGCAGGCAAAACUGGCAGGAUAGCCGAUCGGACUGUAUCAGGCGUGGGGCCGAUCUGGCUGUGAUUAAUAGCUUGGAGGAGCAGCUUAAUCUUUUUGAGUUCCUACCUAAAAUGGAUCCGAGGAUUCGACCGUGGUGGAGCACGCAGGGGGGGUUUUGGAUCGGCCUUACGGAUAUUCAAACAGAGGGCCAAUGGGUUUGGGUAAACAAUGUGCCUCUGCAGAAUCCAGGGUACUGGAUAAUAGGUGAGCCCACCAAAUCCCAAGGAACAGAGCAACAGCAUUGUGUCGCAUUUAUUAACCUAAAAAACCCAAGAAAAACAUUCUUUGAUGAUCCCUGCGAACAACAAAGGGAAUGGUUAUGCAAAAUGGAGCCCAAGGUGUCCUUUCUGAACAGUCACGUCAGACUAAAGACUGCUUACAUCCUCAUAGUUAAAAUGGACACAGAAAAUGCAGGUACAUUUGAUGGUUCUUAUAACAAACUGAUCCACCAAGAGGACAUCAGUGGAGAUGAGCUCACUCUCUAUUCAAACCAAGAACAAGAACAAGUGUCCAUGUCUGUGCUGAGACCUGAAUCCAGUUUUAAACAUUACAAACGGCUUACAGUAAGCCUUGCAGUGCUUGCUGUCAUUCUACUAGCAGUGGACAUUGGCCUGGGAGUCUAUUAUGGUAAAUUUACCGAUGGACAGGAUACCAUAAUGGACAUCAGUGCUGAGGUGGCCAAACUGCAGGCUGCUUACGACACUGCGAUCUGGCACAGGGACGAAGCCAAGAAACAGUUGGCCAGUGAGAUAAGGGAGCAGCAAAUUACCAAGUGGGAGCUUGAUCACCAGAAAAGCAGAAGCAUGGACUACCUUAAGCUGAGUGACAACAUUCUAAUGGAAAUAGCAGCUUUGAAAUCCCACAUCCCAAUGAUUAAAGAGGGCUGCAGACACUGUCUACCAGGAUGGACCUUCAUGUACUCAGUGUGUUACUACUUCGCUUUCUCUGAUGCUUUUUCACCAAGGUCAUGGCAGGAAGCCAGACAGUUCUGUAUAAACCAAGGAGGUGACUUGGCAGUGAUCGACAGCAGAGAGAAACACCUGGCAAUAACUGAAUUGAUAAAAAAUUAUCGAGUCCCCUCUCGACCCAUAGCCCACAGUGGCUUCUGGAUCGGAUUGAGAGACAUCGAGGAGGAAGGGAUAUGGAAAUGGCUUGAUGGAACAAGACUGACCACAGGUUACUGGAAUGAUGGAGAGCCCAACGACAGUGGUGGUGAGGACUGUGCAGCAACAUAUCCCAGAGGCAACCCCUUUAAAGCCUGGAAUGAUGCUCCAUGCAAUCAUAUACUGAAAUGGAUUUGCCAAAUGACACCAAGGUCGGAGGGUUAAUCUGAUUUUAAUUUAAUUGCAUUUCCUUAUUUAAUUAAUAGUUUCAGUCAGGAAUCUACACCAUUCAAGGGACUUAAAUAUUUCUUCAAAAUAUUUGAAAGCAUUGUUAAAUAUAAUUUGUAAUGUUCUUUCUAUGUUUUUUUAAACUAAAACUGUGAUUAUUUAAUUUCUUCAAUCCUAUCCAUCUACCUAUAAUGUCUGUAACCUCUUAAAAGGUAGGAACCCAUUUUUUCUAACUUUUAUUUUAGGUUUUAAACAUAAGCCAAUAUCAAGGUUUUCACUCAAAAGAACAUGAUCAAGUUCUGUUUACACAGGGCAGUGGAUCUGCGUUUACACACCACCGUCUGGUUAUAAUCAGCCUGGGAAUGCUAAAUGCAGUACUGCUGAUGGCUGCUGUUGUCAUUGGGAUUUUCUGUCUAAAUGAUCAUAUAGUACAUAAUACUACCUGACCUGACAAACUUGAAAUGUGCAAUUUAACUCGUGAGUGAGAGUAGUAUCACAGCAACCCAUGAUUGACAACGUCCCAAAACUGGGAGGUGGUGGUAUGUGAUGGUAGAACGGAUUUUGGAUAGGCCUGAGUGAUGUAGCGACGGCGGGAACAUGGGUCCAGGUUAACAAUGUAACCGAGGGGGAAACAGUGUAAGCAAGCAUCUCACAGACUGCUUUUCUAUUGAUUUCUUAAGUUUUGUGACAGUAUCAUGGCUCACUGGUAAAACUAAAUUCUAGACUUCUUAGAAGUAGCCUACUGGAGAAAUGGACAGUAUAACAGUUAGGGACCUCAGAGUGGGAACUGUGCAGAUUCUUAAUAAUGUGUUGAUAUCAGGGGGGAAUGGUUUAUUGGAUACUGCCUUGAACCUUCUGUUAAGCUGUAGGCCUAUACUGUAUGUGAAAUGGAGCAAAGUUAAACUUAAAACCUUUCAAAAAGUUGAAAUCACAAUAACUGGACAAAUCAUGUACUAUAUGUCUUUGUAAUAUCUUUGAAAUAAACUGCAGCUUGAUACAUUACUAUUCUUCUUAAACUGUGCUGAGCUAGUAUUCUGUAAUUGCCGUUUUAAUGUAAUAAAAGUGACACCUAAAGGAAUCCAAAAAUACUUGAAUGUUUGUAUACAUAAAUAAUUUUGUGAUCAGAAAAUUAAACUACUCUUCAAAUUU